AUGAGCCGCUUCGCAGCGAUUUUUGAAGAGCAUCGCAAGGAGGAGGAGCGGCACAAGCAGGCCGUACAGGCUUUCCGUUUUCACGGACCUCCCCAUCAGCCCACCUUCCGCUUUUUCUCAGAAACCGACAUCGACAUCUGCCCUCCGCCAAACCGAUUCAAGAACGAGUCCGAAAAGCUUUGGGAGCAGAUUCAAAAGCGCGAGCCCGUACCCUCUGCUCAGGGCAUAAUGCACCUCCACGACGUCUGCUUUUUUUGCUAUGGCAAGGCUCACAAAGCAGCUUCAAGCCGCAACUUCUCCCUCGAGUGCGCGUCCAUCGGUCCGUGGCGCGGGCACAAGGCCCAGAAUCAAGCCGGCGCCGUGACG